AUGAAGCGCAGUAUCGACCAGAACUACAUGCUGUACGAGAACGAGAUCCGAGAGCACGGGAGACGAGCAGCACUGGCGUGUUUCUCGCCAAGCAUCGAUGAGGGUAAUAGAAAUGACCGCUGUGUUCUCAGUCAAAAUGAUCUCAACCAGGUGGCAUGGGAUCGUCAUGGACCUCUCAGGGACUGCACAAUUUGUAGGACUUUCGCAUCUGGCGCACUGAAGGCAUUGAAAUCGACUCCGGCAGAGGAUCAGAAGUGUAUCCGAACUGAGAUCACUAAA